AUGUGGGGUGUUGAAGGCGGCAGAGCCAUGGUGGGCCUUGGUCCCAGGGAGGUGGAGGGGCACAGGCUACAACCACAGGCAGUGUACAGCUGGACCACUGGCUCCCACAAAGGUCCGCAGAGCUGUGCUUCCUGACCUGGGGUAACCUGGAGGUCCUUGGGCAGAGGGCAGAAGGCGAAGACCGGGACUGCUCUGCCUUAGCUGGUCUGGACGUGAGGUUGGCUUUCCAUUCUCGGUGGACUCUGCCAGGGGGGAGCUGUGGGUCCUGUGCUGUACUACAGAUGAGAAGACUGAGGCCACACAGGGCUGGUCCUCUACCUAGGGCUGCAACAAGCUUAGCAGUUCCACUGACCGGCACGGCCCAUCUGUGGGCUCUCGGAACCCUUGUUUUCUGAAGUCACUGGGCUCCGGCUGCCCACCGCCUGCAGUCACUGGUGCUGGCAGGUUGCACCGUGGUGGGUAGCCACUCGUCAUGUGUUUGCUGGGAGGAGUAGCAGAGCAGAGCGUGUCGUGGCUGCCACGUGGACAGGCUGAGCCCAAGCUGGCUGUUGUGGGUGAGAAGCCCAAGACCUCUGCGUGUUUGGGGAAGUGAGAAGGCCCCUGGGCACAUGCGCUGGUGGAGGCCUUGGCUGGCUCCAUCACCUGAUAGUCCAGGCUGGCCCAUGUGGGUCACUCCGCCCCUUCCCCUGGCUGAGUGCUGCCCCCUCUAAAUAUAGCCCAGUGGGCUGAACUCAGGCCUAUUUUAGGCCCCGGCUGGGAGGUGGUGGCCAGGCUCUGAGAGGAGCCACUGCUGCCUUUGUCCGGUCCUGCUGCUACUGAGCACCCUCAUCUGCCCCUCGACUGCCCACCAGCUGCCAUGCCCGAGGAGACCCAAGAAGGUAGGAGAGAAUGACCAUGAGGGAGGGCAAGGGCCCAGCCCUGUGACCCUGUGGGACACACCCCCUCUGUCCCACUCCCCUCACUGUUGAAACUAGCCAUCAGCUUUUUAAGAAAAUUUAGUUGAAAGAGUUAGAGAGGGAGACACACAGAAGAGAUCUUCCAUCUGUUGGUUCACUCCCCAAAUGGUCACAGUGGCCAGGGCUGGGCCAGGCCGAAGCCAGGAGCGAGGAGUUUCUUCCAGGUCUCCCACGUGGGUGGCGAGGGACCAAACACUUAGGCCAUCCUUAGCUGCUUUUUCCCAGGCCAUUAGCAGGGAGCUGGAUUGGAAGUUGUGCAACCAGAACAUGAAUCAGUGCUCAUGUGGGAUGCCAGCCUUGCAGGUGGUGGCUUUACCUGCUAUGCCACAGUGCCGGCCCCCACUAACUCUCAUGUGGAGCUCAAGUGAAGGGACCCAGCCCAUGCAUGGGAGAGCACGCCAUGCCUGCAGCCCUCCCCGCCUCUGGCCCUGCGUGCUUCCCUGCUGAGCACAGCAAGGAGGAUUAGGGGGAGCUGCCUGCUAGGGAUAAGUCAACUGUGGGCUGUGCCCAAGUGGGUGUUGGCAUCCGGGCAGCUGCCUGGCUAUUAGCUUUCUUCAGGGAAGGAGAGAGGCUGGGGUUGGGGGUGGACAUUAGUUCCAGGAAACAUGUGGGCGCUUGGCCAGGACUGGGAAGCAGAGAGGCUUCUGGCCUCCUCCAACGUGGGCUUAAACAUCCCCCACUAGUUCAGAGUUGGGGUCCCCUGGCCUAUUCAGAGACCCUCAGCUAGUCAGCAGCCUGUUCCCACAAUGCUUAUGGGUCCACCACAUCUCAGUGCUGGGCUCAGAGGGGCCACAGCAGUAGGGAUCCAGGAAGCUACAGGAAAGUGCCUGGGUGUGUGGGGGGGCCUGCAUAGGGCUCCCUGGCCCACAACUCUGCUUGGUGUGGCUGGCCAGCUCCUCUCACCACAUUCUCAAGUCUGCACUGCAGGAGGGGAGCCUGGCCCUGGUAGUGCUGUUUGCUUUCAUUUGGGGUCUUAAUAUUUACUGUGUGUUUUUCCUAUAGCCGACUCCCCAGUAGGAUUUAGAAAGCGUGGGAAAGCAUAGCAAAGUGCAGAGAAGGAACUGUAUGUCUCAGACCAGCAUCCCGACAGAGUGACUAGCACCGCGUUUUUGUUUGACGUACUCCGGAGCAGGGCGAGGCGUAGUUUCGACCUGGUCGGGAGGGGUGAGUUACUGGCCUGAGCAGGACAGAUCCAGAGCUCCCAAGGGUGUCCCUGCACACUCAGGAAGUGUCUGCCCACUUUAUUAGCUACUUUCUAGGUGUGCAUCUGGAGCUCUUAAAGGACCCAGAUUUUAAAAUUCAAGUCAACAGCCAGAAAAGAAUGUAAUUAAAUUAUUUAGAAAUCACAAACUAGACUUCAAUGCACCUGAACAAUUAACAUCACAAGGGAAGUACACAGACCUCAGGGACUACACAGGCCGAGGUGAUGAAUGGAUCAUCAAGAUGUCUUUUCUUUUUCUCUCCCUCUCCCUCUCCCUCUCCCUCUCCCUCCCUCACACACAGUGUGGUCACAUUCCCUAGGCGAAGUUGUCCGAUCAGACUGAUGGAGGAAGGCUAUUUCUAGUCUUCCAAAUGAGCACAUGUGCACAUGUAAAAUAUUUCCUCAGUGGGGAUGCUGAGUGGUGGUGAUGUCGCACUCUGGAGGGCUGUGGACAGCUCCUGUGGAGGACAGUCUAAUGAAAGGUUUCACACACACACAGGAAAAUCUUGCUCUUGGAUCAGUUUCCUCUUCUGUAACUGUCCUUAACUCUGGGAAAACAGAGGCGCCUGCACACUGAAUGGUGGGUGUGAGGGGGUUGAUUUCCAAACGGAACUGCAAACGACCUAGGGCCUAGGUAGCUGACAGGGAUGCCUGGAGGGAGCUGAGGCCUAAGAACCAAGGGUCCUGCAGUGAAGUGGACCUAGCAGGCCUUGUGGAAGCAGAGCAGCAUCACGGCGAGGCUGUUACACGCUGGACCGAGGCCAGGGGAAAGGGCACCACCGUGGCUAGAAUGGAGCUGCUUCCCAGAAGGUGCCGGGCACGGGGCCGCCUGAUGGCUACCUCACAGGGUCUGCAUGGACUGAGUCGGGAUGAAUUCUGCAUGCGUGGAUUGGUCCUGCAAGGCUGACCCACUGCUCGAAGGAGCAGGCACGGAGUACCUGAAGGUCCUUGUGUGGGAGCGGUGCACCUCCUGUAGCUGUGCACAGCAGGUGACAGGGGUCUCUGGUUGUCCUGCAUCUCAACCAAGGGUCGUUCCUCGAUCAGUUUUAGGGGACGUAGAACCAAAUACCUUCCUAUUCCCCAUCUUCCCCAAGUCCUUGCGGCCUGAGGCCACCUGGGAGAAGGGAGGGGGUGAGCUACACCAGCUGAAUCAACCUCACACUGCCCCUACAGACACUGUGGCAUCAGUGCCAAGCCAGAGGAGCAGGGGGCCGCUGGCCCCCAACCACGUACAAGAGGUGCGCCUGCACCGAGUGGAGUCCAUCAGUGACCUGGACAGUGGAGGUGAGGGGGCAGAGGCGUGGGCUGGAGGCACUGGGGGCAGGGAGGGAGCAAGGGCACUGCCCCCACCCCGGUGUCCUGUUCACCCCACAGGCUCACUGCACCCCUACCUGACUGAAGAGACUCGACCUUGGGACGAGCUGCUGGGUGUCUUGCCCCCGUCACUGUGUGCCCAGGCUGGCUGCGGCCCCGUGUGUGGCCGUGGGGGGUUCCUGCUGCUGCUGGCGCUGUUGGUCCUCACCUGCCUGGCGCUUGCUGUCCUGGCCGUCUACUUGAGCGUGCUGCAGAGUGAAUCCUUGCGUGUCCUGGCGCACACGCUGCGCACGCAGGAGGAGACGCUGCUCAGACUCCGCCUGGCCAGCCUCAGCCAGCUGCGGCGGCUCAACUCCAGCGAGGCCCAAGCGCCCAGCUGAGACACCACUUGGACCUGGGGCCUGAGUGUGUGUGGGGGGGAAUAAAGCUGCCACUGGCAGGUGUUUGCCACGGUCA